AAUUUGUAAUUCUGAAAGUUCAAUUUGAAAUCGAGAAAUUAAAAGCUGAAAGAUUAAUGGUGUGAGGUUCUGGGUUCUGUGUGUUGUGUGAAGGUUGAUGGCGCAGUUUCAGAAUGACGAGCUGGAGUAUGUCGUCGAUGACUACUUCGACGUCACUGAGUUCGAAGACAACGAAGCUUUUGCUGAGAACCAGCUCCGUAGGAGCCAAGAUGCCGACUCAGACUUUGAGGACGACUUUGAUGAGCAGAGCAAGGUGAAGACUGAUACUUCAGCUAUGGAAGCUAGAAAUGGGAAAGACAUACAGGGAAUUCCAUGGGAGAGGCUUAACUUCACCAGAGAUAAGUAUCGUGAGACACGAUUGAAGCAGUACAAGAACUACGAGAGCCUCUCUCGCCCUCGUCAAGACCUCGAAAAGGAGUGCUUGCAAGUAGAGAUGGGGAAGACCUUCUAUGACUUUCACUACAAUACAAGGAUUGUCAAGUCUACAAUUGUCCAUUUCCAGAGCGAAAGCAUCACCGUUUUACAAAAGCAAGCAAUCACAUUCAUAUGGGCCUUUCAUCAGCCCACCAAACCUCAUGUACACAAAACACAAAUCUGAUGCAUCUGAUCAAUGAUGACAGAGAGAGUCAAAAGAGAAUUAGCAGAACGAAAUGAAAACAAAAACAAAAAGGAUCCUUUUUACAUUAUCAGAUCAUUUACGUUGUAUCUAACACUAACAAUCCGAUCGGUGAAAUGGGAUUGAUCAAUCAUCAAUCAUAAAGCCAAUUACAAAAUAUGGGUUGGUUUAUGAUCAGAACAAGAAAUGAUGCGAGGGAGUAAAAGAUCAGAAAAAUAAUAAAGAAGGAACCUUUGAAGGCCUUUUUGAA